UAACGGAACUUUAAUGACAAGUCUUGUAUCAUAUGUGCAAAUUAAUAUGAAUGGCUAAAUUCUGGACCGUUUGCUUCAUAUAAACUGAUGUAGCGGCAAACGAUAGGCACAUUUUAUAUACCGGUAUGUCAAUACAACUGAACAAAAAUGAAAUAGAAAAUCGACAAAGCAAGUGACAAGUCUGUUAUUCAGAUUGAGACCGCGUGUAAAGCAUGAGAAGGUAUUUUGGCAUCGUAUAGACUUGUUAUUGAAGCAAUGUUGACACGGUGAAGCUGCGGGUACAAGAAAACUUGUGGUUUACCAAAGCACAACGAAUCAACGUGAUUGGCUUGCCAAAAAGAACGCAGUUAAGAAAGAUUGUUUAGAUCAAAACUAUUGCUUGUUUUGUUUGAAUAACAUAUAUGUGUUAUAUUUACUGGCAAUCUCUGACAUAUUUGGCUGCUAAGAAAUUUCCCUCAUCAUGCCAAGGAAACCAAGCCUUACCUUUCGUGGAGAACCUUAUAAUCCUUAUGAGGUCUGGUUGUAUUUCUGCAGCUACUACCUAAAAGUGAUCAGUGCCAAAUUCCGUGUGUUAGGGGAAUUUAUUUGCCGGAGAACAUGGACGACAUUCAUAGCCCUACAUGUCCUACUUGCUGUUCUCGCGUGUGGGUUUACACAAUUCAAGUUUGCAAAUAGAUGGGAGGAAUUGUACGUUCCUGAAGGAUGCCGCGCUAUCAGCGAUCUCAAAGUUGCUGAUAAAUAUUUCAAUUUGGAUUAUAGAGAAGAGAUUGUUAUCUUAACUCCAAAAUAUCCGGACAUUUCCAACAGGUCGUCUGGUGUUCUUACCAAGGAGUGUUUUCAAGAAGCUUUGGAAAUCCAUAAAGCCAUUACAAGACAGAAAGAUUUCAUAAAAUACUGUACGACGUUAUCAAAGGAGACAGCUGAGAGUAUUUCCGAUUGUGUAAUGGUGAAUCCGUUGGAUAUUGUGACUUGGUAUGGUAAUGGUAGUUUAAAUAAUGUUCCGGCACAUCUUUCGUUAGCUUACUAUAAUGUGGAUCGUUUAGCCAGUAACGGAAGAGCAUUUUAUUUAAAUCUACCUGCAAUCUUUGGAAAAACGCUCCAACCUGAACUGAAAUAUUCUGGAUCAUUGAUGAUGCGUUACUUUUUGCGAAAUCCGCAAGACGAGACUACACUUGAUAAAGUUUUGACUUUGGAGAAACGCAUUCUUGAUGAACUUGCUGGGUUGAAAAAUAAAAUGAAGCAUGUGGAUAUGUCGUACGCCAGUACUCGAAGUGUUGAUGAUGCUAUUGGUGAAAGUACUGGAUCAGAUAUUCGUCUUGUAUCAGUAACUUUUAUUCUCAUGAUUUCCUUUGCUUGUAUUGUUUCUGGUAAUAUCCGGGAAAGUGCUCGAAGUCAUUCAUUGCUUUCUCUAUUUGGAGUGCUUGCUGUUGUUUAUGGCAUAGCAGCUGGUCUAGGUUUUGGUAUGUGGUUGCAAUUACCAUUUAUCAGUAUGGUUGGUGUCUUGCCUUUUCUGGUGCUUGGGAUUGGUCUUGAUAAUAUGUUCUUAAUUAUUCAUGAACUUGACCGUGUACCUCUUGAUUGGCCUGUCACUCAACGUAUCGCGCAUGCUCUAUCUCAAACUGGCCCAACCGUGACUAUGACGUCCGUGACAAACGUGGUAGCGUUCGCAGUUAGUACAUUAACAUCGUUUCCAGCGAUACGUAUUUUCUGCAUCUAUGCCUCACUCUGCAUCGCGUUCGCCUACCUGUUUAUUAUUACUUUCUUCGUCGCAGCCUCAAAGUUUGAUGCUGAUAGAAUUAAAGCUGGAAAGAUUGACGUUCUGCUGUGCCAAUAUAGCGGUAGCCUAUCCAAAGCAUCGGAAUAUUUGAAGUUCCAUCGUUUACCUCACUUUUCAAGCACAAACAUAAUGAAAAGAUGGGCAAGUUUCAUCGUGAAGACGCCAAUUAAACAGAUAGUGAUCAUGAUGGCUCUAACCUUGUUUGCUCUUGGAAUGUACGGCACGUUUCAUAUUGACCAGCGAUUUGAUCAACACGUCGUAGCCAAAGAAGGCUCUUAUUUUAAAAAUUUCAUCAGAACGACUGAGAAAUACUACGAUCAGUCCGUUCAAGUCAAUCUUGUCGUCAUUGGUGAACACGUUGAGUACAGCGAUUCAAAGACGCAGCAAAAACUUAUGAAUCUUGAAAAAAUUGCCUUUUCAAAUGACUUCUAUUUGGUCAAUGCAAGUAUAUUUUGGUUGCCAGUUUUUAAACGCUGGGCAACCGGAAAUCAAAGAAAUCUCACUGGACCUGAUUUCUACAAUUCUGUUAAAAUGUUUGUUAAUUCAAAAGCAGGACAAAUGUAUAAACAGGAUAUCGUGUUUAACGAAAAAAACACGAAAAUUAUUGCGUCUCGAAUGAUCGUCUAUACUAUCAGUACGACAGAUUCAUUAAAACUACGAGAUGCAAUGUUGACUCUACGUGAGGACAUUGAUGAAAAAUCUCCUCUCCCGAGCUUUCCUAUCGCGAAACAAUUUAUAAGUUAUGAACAGUACGCGCUGACCGCUAAAGAAACUGUCCGCAACCUUCUUAUUGCUGCAAUAGCAAUACUUGGUGUUAGCAGUGUGUAUCUGGUUCACCCAAUUGUUAUCCUAUUUGUGUUUUUAAGUUUUGCCAGUCUAGUUAUAGAAUUAUUUGGAUUAAUGUAUAUAUGGGAUGUUUCUCUGAAUGGUAUAUCAAUGAUUGGUCUGGUAAUGGCUAUUGGUUACAGUGUGGAUUAUAGCGCUCACGUGGCCCACGCUUUUGUUGUAUCUGACGUUCCUGGAAACGACCAACGUAUCGUUCGUUCCCUGAGUACAGUUGGUAUCAGUGUAUUAAUGGGAGGUGUAAGUACAUUUCUUGGAAUAGUGGUGAUAGCGUUUUCAGAAUCAGAGCUCUUCCAUAUAUUCUUCCGUAUUUUGUUUGGUAUUGUGGUUCUUGGCCUUCUUCAUGGUUUGUUGUUUUUGCCUGUACUUCUUGCUACGUUUUGUCCUUCAUUUAUGAGAGUUGCUCAUCAGAAAGAGGAAGUUAUGCUGCCGAAUGAUCCAAUCGAAUCACCGACUGAGAUUCGUGCAAUCGAGAUUUGUGAGAAAGAGACAACGGUUUAGUUAUUCCUCUAACAAUGUUUCGACAGUUAUUUAUCUUUUACUAUUCUUACUGUGUAUAAAGAGCCUUUGGCUUCGGCUUGUAUUUUUUGGUUGCGAUUCCUGCGUUUGGUUUCGAAACAGGUUGUUGAAAACCAGCAGCGUAGCCAGCCUGUCGAUUUGUCCCGCUAUGCUAAUAUUUUAGUGUUCACUGACUGUGAAAACAAUAAAUUU